CCCCCACCCCCAGCUCUCAGACCCCAGUCCCUGUGUGGAUCCAGCAACACAUUCCUCCUGGAGUCUUCUCCUCUUCUUCCACGUGACCGACGGACCAUGGAGUUAUUAAAGAGUGGAAAGUGUUUACUACCAACGUCCUGAUUAACAUUGUUGGCAGAGAGAUCACUGGUUGGUGACCCUGUGGGUGAGAUUGGGGAGUUGUAACUGUUACAUCUAUAGUACCAGUAUGGUCCUAGACCGUAUCAACACACCCACCAACCCUCUCAAAAUGAGUCUAAUGGACGUCUCCAAGAUCUUCUCUCUGCUUCAGCCCAAGGAAGAGGAUGAGGAGGACAGUGAGCAUGGCCAGGCUCUGAACCAGGCGGUGAGCAGUGAUGAAGUGGUGGUGUUAGCUGAGCUGUUGUCCCAGGAGAGCUACAGAAGGAGUAUCAACAGCAGAAGUGGCUGGGGGAUCCCUGUUACCCCCCUACGGACCGCCGCAGCACAUGGCCACCUGAGGUGUCUGGAACUGCUGCUGGAGCACGGAGCCGAGGUGGACAGUCUAGAUGUGAAGGCCCAGACCCCUCUGUUUACCGCGGUCAGUGGUAAACACCUGGACUGUGUUGUGGUCUUACUAAAGGCUGGAGCCGACCCCAACGGCAGCCCGUACAACAACUGUUCCCCGGUGCUGACCGCCGCCCGCGAGGGAGACGUGGAGGUCCUCAGGGAGCUGCUUCAGUUCGGAGCCGAGGUCGACGUCUGGCCCAAAGUCCCUGAGUGGGCCUCCAACGCCACAGCCUGCAGGGGACCCCUGUACAUAUCCGCUGUAUAUGGACACCUGGACUGCUUUAAACUGCUGCUGCUCCAUGGGGCUAAUCCUAACUAUAACUGUAAGUCAGAGAAGAUGCUGGCCAGGAUCAAGCAACCCAAGACGGUGCUGGAGAUGUGUCUGAGGUAUGGCUGUGGAGUGGAAUACAUACAGCUGCUCAUAGACUUUGGGGCAGACGUGUAUCUGCCCACGCUGAUUAUUGACAAGACCACCAAGCAGAACGAAGCCGUGGUGCUGCUGCUCAAGGAAAGAGUUUGUCCCAAUACUCUGAUGUCACAGACACGGCUUGCGAUUCGGAGCUACCUCCCCAUGGUUAACAAAAUGGCGUCCAUAGACCGCUUGGACAUUCCCCAGAUACUGAGGAACUACCUGAAACAUCUCACCUGACCUCUAACUCCUUGUCUCUGAACUCUGUAUGAAGAUGAUGUCGUGAAUGGAUAUCCCAUAUGGCUGUGCACCAAUAGUCUACAGUGGAUUCCUCUGCUUCAUCUCCACUGUUCUGAAAACACAUGUUAGGUGAAACCAAUAUGGGGGAGGAUUUCUGCAAAACUUAAACAAAAGUGCAACAAUUUCAUACCAUCCUCUACUGUCUCUACUGAGUGCAUCAUGGGCUGCAAAGUCCAGUUUGUUCUGUUUUUAUUGUAAGUGUGAUUAAUAAUUAUACCAAGUUUGCCUUUGAAUAGCUGUAGAGGUUUUAUUCGAAUAAACAUAUUUAUUUAA